GUUUUGUCCACGUGGUGCACUUCCGGCGCACUCCGUGAGCAGACAUGGCGGCCCCCAGCCGGACCGCUGCUGGGUGGGUGCGGGCGGCACUUAGGAUCUGGCGGUCGAGCAGAGGAAGCGCCGUUGUGGCCAGAGGUUCCUGCGUGGCCCCUCCCAGUCGCUGCUGCCAUGGACGGGGCUCAGCCUUGGACCACUUCCUGGGGGUCUCCAAGCCGGGCUACGACGCUGCCCAUCCGGCCCCUCCUGUGUCCCUGCACUGGGACAAACAGGCUCUUCUUGUGGCCCAUCCUCCCGACAUGCCGGAGAACUCUCGCAUCCUUCGGGUCGUCAUCCUGGGAGCCCCAAAUGCUGGGAAGUCCACGCUUUCCAACCAGCUGCUGGGCCGCAAAGUUUUCCCUGUCUCCAAGAAGGUACAUACCACUCGAUGCCAGGCCUUGGGGGUCAUCACGGAGGAGGAGGUGCAGGUGGUUCUCCUGGACACGCCUGGUCUUAUCAGCCCUGCCAAGCAGAAGAGGCAUAACCUAGAACAGUCCCUUUUGAAGGAUCCCUGGAAAAGCAUGGAGGCCGCAGACCUGGUCGUGGUUCUAGUAGAUGUGUCAGACAAGUGGACCCGAGGCCGGCUGAACCAACAGGUUCUCAAGUGCUUGUCUCAGUUCCCCCAAGUCCCCAGCAUCCUGGUUAUGAAUAAGGUGGAUUGUUUGAAACAGAAGUCGGUCCUUUUGGAGUUGACAGCGACCCUCACAGAAGGUGUGGUCAAUGGCAAGGAGUUGCGAGUGAAGCCGACUUCCCCGGUCUCUGACCCCCAGAAGGCCCUGGCAGAGUCAGACCCCAAGGCCCCGCAAGGCCUCGAGAGGGUGGGCUGGCCCCACUUCCGGGAGAUCUUCAUGCUCUCUGCCCUGAGUCAGGAAGACGUGGAGACCCUGAAGCAAUACCUCCUGGCCCAGGCCCAGCCAGGGCCCUGGGAGUUCCACAGUGAAGUGCUCACCAGCCAGACGCCCCACGAGAUCUGUGCCAAUAUAAUUCGGGAGAAGCUUUUGGAGCACCUGCCUCAGGAGGUGCCCUACAGUGUGCAUCAGGAGACCAAGCUCUGGGAAGAGGGUCCCAGCGGGGAGCUUAUGAUCCUGCAGGACUUGGUGGUAUCUAAGGAGUCCCACUUGAGGCUAUUGAUCGGGCACAGUGGGCAGCUGAUCAGCCAGCUGGCACAGGAAGCCACUGAGGACCUCAGAAAUGCCUUCCUCUGUGAUGUGCAGCUCCGCCUCUCGGUUAAGCUCCGCAGGUGACCUUCCCUGGCCCAGAGUCCUCUAGGGGCUGGCUAGGCCCGUGGACCUUGGGUGCAAUGAUCCCCGUGCAUGGCCCUGAGAGGAGUGCUCGGGCAAGGCCUGCGUGGCCCUUCUGCUGGGCAGGUGAAGCAAGAGCUGCCUCAGACCCACCUGCUCACUGGAGCUGCUCUGGCAGCUGGUGCCGAGGUCCAGGCGCCUCCUGCUUUUCCCAGAACAAGGGCUUGGAUCCCUCUGUCCCAAGCCCUUCUGCACCUUGCACACCCUGCACCAAGCAGAUGACCCGUGUACAGCCCAGCCAGGCCCUUGAUGCCACCCUUCCCAUCCACUUUCUACCCCCUUCUCUGGUGUAUUGGUGAUAAUAAAACGACACAAGGAAGA